AUGGAGUACUCGCCGAAGCUAUCAGCGGUACUGCUCUUAGCUCUCGCGUCCGUCAUGGUGGCCACGGCCCAGAACUCGCCGGAGGACUUCGUGGAAGCCCACAACGCGGCGCGCGCCGACGUGGGCGUCGGGCCGGUGAUCUGGAACGAGACGGUGGCCGCGUACGCGCAGGCGUACGCGAGGCAGCGCCGCGGCGACUGCCGGCUGAAAACUUCUCCGGCGGGCCAUCCGUACGGGGAGAACCUCUUCAGAGGCAGUGGGGCCGACUGGACAGCGGCGGACGCCGUGGCACUGUGGGUGUCGAACAAGCAGUACUACGACCACGACAGCAACACCUGCUCAGCGCCGGCGCUCAAGACAUGCUUGACCUACACGCAGGUGGUGUGGCGCGACUCGACGGCCAUCGGCUGCGCCCGCGUCGUGUGUGCCAGCGGCUUCGGCGUCUUCAUCAUCUGCAGCUACAACCCGCCGGGCAACCUCUUGGGGGAGAGCCCAUACUAGGCUAUACGUACGUGUGUGGCUAUGCAUGCAUGCUUGCGUUCAUGUACGUAGCAGCGUAUAUAUAUUGAAUAAAUAAUCGAGCUGUGAUGAUCACGGUCGACUGUGAUAAGAUGU